AUGAACUCUCUGGCAAAUAAUAAACUUUCCACUGAGGAUGAGCAGAUCCAUUCCGCAAGAAAAAGAGCCUAUAACGAGGGGCAGAACAGCAGCGACGCCAGAAAAAAGCAAAGAGAUCAAGGAUUGUUGUCUCAAGAGAGCAAUGACGGAAACAUUGACUCUGCCCUAUUAAGUGAGGGGGCUACUCUAAAAGGGACUCAAAGUCAAUAUGAAAGCGGACCGACGUCUAACCAAAAUGAGAAAGAAGGUGACGAAAAUCCAUCAGUGGCUGAAGCUGCAGUCGCUGCCACUGUCAAUUACACAGACCUAAUCCAGGGCCAGGAGGAUGGUUCUGAUGCUCAUACAUCUAAACAAACGAAUGCGAAUGACGAGCGCAAGGAUUCCAUGAAUGGUAGAGGAGCCACAACCCCAUCAAAUGAAAGGGUCAAGCCAAAUUCCUCCCUAGAGGGAAUGUCAUCUUCACCAAUGGAAUCCGCACAACAAUCUAAAAAUGAUAUGCUCAUACCAUUGGCAGAAGACGACCGUGGGCCAGAACACGAACAGGAUGACGAAGACGAUGAUGAUGCCGACAUCGACCUCAAAAAGGAUAUAAGUUUGCAACCAGGUCGUCGUGGAAGAAAACCUACUACAUUAGCCACAACAGACGAGUGGAAAAAGCAAAGGAAAGAUUCCCAUAAAGAGGUCGAAAGGCGCCGCCGCGAAAAUAUCAACACUGCGAUCAACGUCUUAAGCGACUUACUGCCCGUGAGAGAAUCAAGCAAGGCAGCAAUAUUGGCACGUGCCGCAGAAUACAUUCAAAAAUUGAAAGAAACUGAUGAGGCAAACAUCGAAAAAUGGACGUUACAAAAAUUGCUUAGCGAGCAAAAUGCAUCGCAAUUAGCCAGUGCAAACGAGAAACUGCAAGAGGAACUGGGAAAUGCUUACAAGGAAAUUGAGUACAUGAAGCGCAUUUUAAGGAAGGGGGGGAUAGAAUACGAGGAUAUGCACGCCCACAAGAAACAAGAGAAUGAAAGGAAAGGUACUAGGAGCGAUAAUCCGCACAAUGCUUGA